AUAGUUCCUCAAACAGGAAUAAUAGUAUCUGGGCGCAGGCUAGCUAGGUUAGUCGGAUUAAGUCGACGUACUCCGAUCGAAGAAAAUGAAGAUGGCAAUUAGAGUUGGAGUUGGUGUUUGGAAAACCAUCAUGAACCUCAACUUGGUGGUGAUACUAGUUCACUGCAGUUUUGGAUCAGUCAAAGUUGAAGCUCUUUCGACUCGUCUUCCUGAUACUGAAGUGCAAGCCCUACGAGAAAUUGCGACACAAAUAGGAAAAAAAGACUGGAACUUCAGCGUAGACCCGUGCCUGAAUGACACAACCUGGACUACCCCGAAAUCUGUUGACACUCGAUUCAACAACACUCUCACUUGCAACUGCUCCUUCCCUGAUGGUUCAUGCCACGUCAUCUACAUUUUUCUUAAAGGGCAAGAUCUUGCUGGUGUACUUCCACCAUCUAUUGCAAAGUUACCCUACCUUACACAAAUCGUUUUCUCAUGGAACUUCCUCAGUGGUAAUAUACCGAGUGAAUGGGCUUCUACAAAGUUGGAAUAUAUGUCCCUCAGUGCGAACAACUUAUCCGGACCAAUCCCUGCCUUCCUAGUAAACAUUACCACUCUAACAUACGUGAGUCUAGGGUCAAACAUGUUUUCCGGAACUGUUCCUCCUGAGCUUGGCAAUUUGGUUAACUUGCAGAGACUCAUUAUUAAUGCAAACUAUCUCACAGGAGUGUUGCCACCGCAUCUCACUAAUCUGAUCAAAUUAACAGAAUUGAGGAUUAGCAGUAACAACUUCACUGGAAUUAUUCCAGACUUUUUCCGAAGUUGGAGUCAACUUGAGAAAUUAGAGAUCCAAGCAAGUGGUUUACAAGGCCCCAUUCCAUCUAGCAUUUCUGUCUUGAGUAAUUUAAUAGAACUGAGGAUCAGCGACUUAAAUGGAUGGGGUUCAGUAUUUCCAAACUUGACUAAUAUGAAAAGCAUGAAAAGAUUAAUGCUGAGGAGCUGUAAUUUAUAUGGACCUAUUCCUGAUUUAAAAGCGAUGAAAGUAGUAAAAGUCUUAGAUCUCAGUUUCAACCAAUUGGAAGGAAGUUUUCCUGAUCUUGAAGCUAUGGCUCUAGAUCCGGACAAUUUGCAGAAAUUGUAUCUGACAAGCAACUUGCUGAAUGGCUCUAUUCCAAAAUGGAUUAAGAAUCAGUACGAAUUGCAUAUAAAUUGUGGUGGAGCAGCGACCACCAUUGGGGGAGUCAAAUUUGAAGAUGAUACAGAUAUUGGAGGUGGAGCAAAAUUUGUUCCAAGACCUAACUGGGGAACCAGUAGCACUGGAGAUUUCUGGGAUACUAACGUUGCUGAUAACUUCAUAGCAAAUAAUGUAUCGGUACUUGGAAUGAAAAACUCUGAGUUGUACACGAAUGCACGCCUCACUCCUCUUUCUCUCACUUAUUAUGCAAACUGCCUAAGAGAUGGAAAUUAUACUGUGAAACUUCAUUUUGCGGAGAUAGUAAUCCGAGGCAAUAGAUCUUAUUACAGUGUUGGAAGACGGAUAUUUGACGUAUAUAUUCAGGAUUUUGACAUUGCGAAGGCAGCAAAAGGUGUUGAUAAGGAAGUCAUUAAGGAGACAAAGGCGGUUCAGGUUAAGAAUAAAACUCUAGAGAUUCGGUUUCAUUGGUCUGCAAAAGGGACAACAGAUACCCCAAGGAGAGGAGUCUAUGGUCCCCUUAUAUCAGCCAUUUCUAUAAAAUCUGAGUUCAAGCAUUAUUCCAAAACAAAGAUGUAUAUUUUGGUUGGAGUUUCAGUUGGAGCUACGGUUUUGUGCCUUUUCUUCUUAAUUUUUGGCAUUAUUUGGUGGAAAGGCUGUCGGGUGGAUAACCAGACAUCAAGGGAAGAAGUUCUGAGAGGACUGGAUCUGCAAACUGGCUUUUUCACCUUGAGGCAAAUUAAAGCUGCCACUAAUAACUUUGAUCCUAUAAACAAAAUUGGAGAAGGUGGUUUUGGUCCCGUCUACAAGGGUACAUUAUUGGAUGGUACUAUAAUUGCAGUUAAGCAACUAUCUUCAAAAUCGAAGCAGGAAAAUCGUGAAUUUGUGAACGAAAUAGGCAUGAUCUCUUGUUUGCAACAUCCAAAUCUGGUUAGAAUGUAUGGAUGUUGUAUUGAAGCAAACCAGUUAUUGUUGGUAUAUGAGUACAUGGAGAACAAUAGCCUUGCUCGCGCUUUGUACGGUCCAGAGGAUGAUCUUUUAAACUUGGACUGGUCUACAAGGCAGAAAAUAUGCCUAGGCAUAGCAAAAGGUCUGGCUUAUUUGCACGAGGAAUCGGCAGUGAAGGUUGUACAUAGAGACAUCAAAACUACGAAUGUGUUACUGGACCAAGACCUCAAUGCUAAGAUCUCGGACUUUGGUCUGGCCAAGCUUGAUGAAGAGGAGAAAACUCAUAUUAGCACCAAGGUUGCUGGAACUAUAGGAUACAUGGCACCGGAAUAUGCUCUAUGGGGUUUUUUGACCUUUAAAGCAGAUGUCUACAGUUUUGGAGUUGUUGCAUUAGAAACUGUUGCAGGAAAGAACAACACGAAAUAUCGACCCAAUGAGAACAUUCAAUGUUUUAUGGACUGGGCCCUUGUUUUGCAACAAAGAGGGAACUUACUGGAGCUGGUAGAUCCGAGGUUGGGGUCCGAUUUCAGUAAGAAAGAGGCGAUUAGAAUGAUCAAAGUAGCUCUACUGUGCGCCAAUCCAACAGCUGCACUUAGGCCUAUCAUGUCUGCAGUAGUGAGUAUGCUUGAAGGGCGGACCCCCGUGGAUGAAGUGGUUCUGGAUCCAAGUAUCUAUGGUGAUGAAAUGACGAGGUUAAGAGCCUUCGAAGACCAGUUUGAUCACAGUACUGCACAAGGGAGCUCCCCAAGUGGAAGUCAUGGCCUCAUUCGUUCAUCAGAUGCACCAUGGACCGGUUCUUCUGUUACUACUACGUCUUCAGAUCUCUAUAAAUGUAGUCUUUAAUUAGUUCAUAGUAAUGCGAAAUUAGUGUCACUCCAGAACAAAUAGUUAUCUCUUGACAAUGUUUAUACAUACUAUUAAUUAGGAGCUAGUAGCAAUUAAUUAUUUCUGCAUACCAAUUACCGUCUGACAGUGUCUCAAGGGCUAAUCUAGAAUGCA